AUGGACACUAAGACGCGUGGAUUAUUGAGUGGAGUAUACGCUGGCAUUGGUGCUCUCUUUGCUGUAUCCGCAAGAUUCGAAUGGAUUUCUAAAGGAGCAGCUGCCUCAUUUCUCUCCCUUGUGUGGUUAGGAUUUCUAUUAGCUAUAUCAUGGACUGAAUCAUGGGUUAAAUUCCGAGCUCCAUUUAUUCCACGCCAUCUAGCGCUCGAUCUUGGUCGUACCAUGUUUGCUGCGCUUCUUUCAAUCGAAAUUGGAUUAAAUGCUGGACUUUGGAUGUGUUACUAUUAG